CUCACGUGAAGACGUCUGGCUCUCAGGAGCUGUUCUCUUCUCCGACGUGGACCGGAUGAAUCCUGCUUUUGGUGUGAUGAUGAUAACAACUCUGCAACUUUAUCAAGCUGAAGUCAGUUCAGUUCCAAACAGAACAAAAUCACCCAGGAACAGCAGCACAGUUCAACACAGAGAGAGAGUGCCAGACACCAUGAAACAAGAAAUGAGCCAUAUCAGUGAGAAGAAACAGGCCACGAAGUGUAGGCAGUGCUGGAUUCUUCCAAUCCAUCUGAUUCUGGAACUGAAGUUAUCAGCAAAAGGAGAUAAGAGGUUCCCAGCAGAGUAUAAAUAGCAGCAGCUGUUCAGGGUUGGUCAGAGUGACGGACAGGUGAACAGGCGAUGCUGCUGAUGCUACUUCUGCUCGGCGUUGGGCUGGACUCAGCCUCGGCUGCAAAGCUGGGUGUGGUGCAGACGGAGGGCGGGACGGUGGAGGGGAAGAGCCACAGGAUGGGACUCUUAAGGACUGUGGACGUCUUUAAAGGAAUCCCCUUUGCUGACGUCCCCGGAAAGUGGGAGAAACCAAAACCUCAUCCUGGAUGGAGCGGAAUCCUGAAGGCCACUGAGUACCGGGAUCGCUGCCUGCAGGUGACGCUGCUGCAGACAAAAACCCAUGGCAGUGAAGACUGUCUCUACUUGAACAUCUUCGUUCCACAGGGGAGCAAAUUGUCUCAGAACCUCCCAGUGAUGGUUUAUCUGUUUGGCGGUGCCUUCCUGAUGGGGGCGUCCAACACCUUGGAGGUCCUCGGAAACUCUCUGUAUGAUGGGAAGGAGAUGGCCGACAGGGGCGAUGUCAUCGUGGUCACAGUGAACUACAGAGUCGGCACCAUGGGUUUCCUCAGCACCGGAGACACUCGACUGCCAGGUAACUACGGUCUGUGGGAUCAGCACGCCGCCAUCUCCUGGGUUCGCAGGAACAUCAGGGCCUUUGGAGGAAACCCCGACAACAUCACCAUCUUCGGCCAAUCCUCCGGCGCCGCCAGCGUCAGCUUCCAGAUGCUGUCCCCCCACAGUAAAGGGCUGUUCCGCAGAGCGAUCACACAGGGUGGCGUGGCCCUCAGCCCCUGGGCUCUGCAGAAGAACCCCAUGGCUCUCACCAAGAAGAUCGCCCGUAAGGUCGGCUGCUGGAGAAGCAACGAGGACGAGAUGAUAACGUGUCUGAAGAUGAGCGACCCAGUCGGACUCACCUUGGCUGGAAAAAUCGACGUACUGCUGCUUCUGGGAAAAGGCACAGUCAUGGAUCUCCUGGAACUUGCUCCGGUGGUUGAUGGGGAUUUUAUCCCCGAUCACCCCAGCAAGCUCUUCCACAAUGCAGCUCAGGUGGACUACAUGGCCGGAGUCAACAGCAUGGAUGGACACAUCUUCGCCGGAGUUGACGUUCCUACUAUCAACAUGAAAAAUGAGACCACUGUGAAGCAGGUCAGAGGUCUGCUGGCUCGUAUGACCAAAGAGAAAGGGAACGCCGCCAUCGACUCGGCCUACGAUGUCUACACAUCUCACUGGGGUGUGGCUCCACCGCAGGAUGUGGUAAAGAAGACGGUGGCCGACAUCGAGACAGACUUCCUGUUCCUGGUCCCGACUCAGGUCGCCCUCCAACUCCAUGUCAACAGCACCAGUGGAGCCCAUACCUACUCCUACCUGUUCAACAUGAAGACCCGUAUCCCAGGAUUCCCGGGGUGGGUGGAGGCGGAGCAUGCUGAGGAUCUGCAGUACCUGUUUGGUAAACCCUUCUCCAUAUCGCUGAUCUACUUCCCCCGACACCGACACCUGUCCAAAUACAUGAUCGCAUACUGGACCAACUUUGCCCGGACUGGUGAUCCCAGUCAAGGAGAAAGUAGAGUCCCAGUUCCCUGGCCCCGCUUCACCAAACACCACCGGCCCUACCUCACCAUCAACCACCAGAUUGACAAGAGCUCUGUCAGCUACGACCUGAGGUCACAGUACGUCACCUACUGGACCACAACCUACAGCCGCCUGCCGUCCAUAAAGACAGAGGAGAGAGAGAACUGAUUGUCAGUUUUGUGUUUCCUCCUGUUACAUUUCAUAAUUAAAAGCUCGUGAGUGAUUAGAAACAGCAGAAGGAAGGUUGCAUGAAAGACAAAAGGACAAAGGAAGGAAACAAACUAAUGAGCAGCCUCAGUGUGAAGAAAUGCAAGUGCUUGACUCUGUCUCCAAUGUGUAAUAAAUGGAGCUGAACUCUG